GGGAGACAGAAGCACUGACUUGGGCGGCUGCAAAUCACCUCAAGGUCAGCAUGCAUGGAAGGGCAGUCACCUGGGAGGAAUGGCAGGAGGAUGCCUCGGCAGGACGUGGAUCGGUAGGCUUGGCAUGGUGCCUCCCCACCCAUGGAGGUCUAGCGGGGCCAAGGGCGCGGCGGUGGAGGCGAUGGUGUGGAGCGAUGUAGAGACCUGCGCCGGAAAGCCAGGUGGCGGUUUCUUCAAGCUCCUCUUCACCUACCUGGUCUCGCUGAACCUGCGGGGCGCGCUGGGCCCGUCGAUCGCGCCCCACGAGCUGGACGCGCUGCUGUGCGCGGCGAUGCUCUCCGCCGGGGCUGGGACGCCCGAGACGCCGCUGGCGCGGUGCUCGGCGCAGGUCUCGAGGCGCCUGGACGGCAUCCGGGCGAAUGUCGAGCGACUCGCCUCGCAGCAGUUCCGGCCCUCAGGCGCCCAGCCGCUGCCCGCCAGGGCUCUGCGCCUCGGGGCCCUGUUCCAGGCCGCGGCGCAGGCGAUGGCGGACCUGGUGCGGGUCCUCGGCCUGGACACGCCGCUGGAGGGCGGCGAGCCGGCGCCAGUGGUCGUUCCCGAGCCCAGGAGCCUCUUCGCGAACGGGGCGAUCUUCGCGGCCCUCUUCUGCGCCGGGGCCUUCGCGGAGGGCGAGCUCCUGGCUUCCGGGGAGGCCCACAGGAAGGCGCUGGAGGAGGUGAACGCGCAGAGGUACGAGCUGCUGCAGCUCGCGCAGGAGCACGGCGACUGGGUGGGCGCCUUCGCGUCCAGCCUGCCGACCGGCAUGCUGCGCUGGCCGAGCCCCUCCGAGAGGCAGCUCCUGGAGACGCCCGCCGACAGGCAGCAUGGGCUCAGCCUGCCCAUCGACGCGCUCGGCGAGGCGAUUGCGGCCCACGUGGCGAGGAACCGCGUCACGUUCGUCACUGGGCAGUCAGGCUGCGGCAAGAGCGUGCGCGUGCCGCUCCUCCUGCUGAAGGCCGUGGCCAAGCAGCCCCCUGGGACCCCGUUCCUAGUCGCCAGCGCGCAGCCGCAGCCGGCCUCCUGCCUGGCACUCGCGAGGCGCGCCGCGGGCGAGCUGGGCGAGGAGCUCGGCGCCACGGUCGGGCGCCCCCCG